AUGGCUGUCAUUGUAUUUUGUGAAGAUAGGAAAGGCGAACACACUGGGAACUUUUCGUUUUUAUUUUUAGGCGGACCUAUUUACUCGAAAUGCGCCCCCGCCGGGGUUCCCUUAUCCAUACAGUGCGAUACAUGGAGCAUCAUCUACGUCCGACAAACGAUGUACUCCGAAUACUACGGGGUUCCGAAUGUUAACUGUCAGCUUCCUUCCUACAAUAGUCUCUGUCACACCUUCAGUAACUCCUCGGACUUUUACUACAAUGGAAAAUACAGAGCGGAACACACGUUUGUUUCCGAGAGAUUGACGUUUGUAGGUCAGAUAUUCGGGGUGAACUGUAACGACUCGUCGACUGUGAGGGUCGUCCAGAUAUUGUAUGAGUGUCUCACAGAGAUGGAGAGACCGAGUAUCUGUGAAGACAAAGAACUGGUAGGGGAGGUGGACGGGAUGCUUUUUAAUCCCGGUUUUCCGGAUCCCGUGAGGCAGCAAUAUGGUGGAUGUUCAUGUCGAAUAUCGGCGACGGACUGGGGAGUAAUCAGACUGAGCGCCAUCAUUAUCAAUCCCGUGCAUCCUCAUACCGGAAAUGGGAGGUGGAGACUAAAUGUCAAAAUCAAUGAAGAACAUGAUUAUAGUCUUGACCAGAUGUACAGACUCUCGUCAGAUAUUGGUAUUCCGGACACGAAUAGCCUCACUCUGGGCUACAGUAAUGGCGGCGACACUACAUUCCUCCCCGUCAUGGUACCUAGAGUCCCCACUGGCUUUUGGAUCAAAUACUCGACCUUCCCCUCAACUUCUCGUGUCCACGUUGUCUGUUCUGUAAAACAAAAGGACGAAGCGAAUCUCUCAUCAGGGGUGAUAGCGGUCAUAAGCAGCAUCGCUGGAGUGUGUGUGUUUGUGACAGGCCUGACUGUGUUCCUUGUAUUGAGAAGAAUUUCUUUUAAAAGGGACAGAAAUAAGUCAUCCCUACACAGACAUGCGAAACAAGUAGGUGGAUCACAAGGGGUGAGUUCUAGAAGCGCCACCUUCUCGGAAGUUAAUAAAGAAUUCUACUUCCUGCGGAGAUGCAACACACUUUCGAGCAUAUCCAGAUAUAACAGCUUACCGCCAAAUUUCAUCUUUAACCCAAAGAAAAGAAAAUUGUCGUCUGCAAAGUCAAAGGAUUCUGGGAUAGCAAUUAUUGACAUUCAUCGGAACGAAUCAUUCAAACACGCCGUAAAUUCUGAAAUGUCGGAAGACAGGAACGAAAAAGCGGCGAAAAAUGAAGAGGGCGAAGAAAGAAUGAAUCAGGAAGUGACGUCACUAUCAGAAGCUGGACAGAGUGAGGUGGAAUUACCCGGCGUUUCUGAUUUUGGGAGUUUGCAAUAUUUGUCUGUGAUAGGGACAACUGAUGACGAAGUCGAUGUAUGAUUUUAU